GCCCCGGGCAGUUCCGGAGUGGAACGCCGUCGCCAUAGCAGCGGGCCGCUCCGCCCCAUUCAUGGUGUUGCAGCGGGGAGGCGCGCCCCCCUUCUCCUGCGCUAAACUGAUCCGGGAGACACCUCCGCCCAGCUGCAGGCGGCCAGCUCCCGUCUUGUCUGCUCUGGUCGGGUCAGCUGAGACACCCUCCCGUAAGAUGCCUCUGCCCGUGUGGAUGUGCACUCGUGUCACUUGCUUCAGGCAGACACAGCGUCUCUUUAGUGGGAGCCUGCUCUGGGGAUGGCGCGCACCUGAGGACGCUGAGCCUGGCCAGGACAUUCUUUGCAGGCUUGUCUGAUGGGGAAACUGCAGCACAGAAAGGUAAAAUGACUUGUCCCUUGUCACCCAGCAGGCUAGUGGAAGAGCCAAGAACAGAGCCAAGAUCUUCUGGGUUCCAGUCCACUCCUGUGCUGUGAACAAGGCAAAAGGGAGCAACAUGUAAAGCAUGUGGAUUAAUUUUAAAUUAGCUUUGUUGAUUUAUGUUACUUUGAAUGGGACUGGCCCUGGGUUUAUCUGAGUCUGCCUCCUACAAACUCCAUCUACAUUCACAUACCCCAUUGGUAUUUAGGGGGUUCUGCCCUCACAGCUAAUAUUAAAGGAUGAUUGGGUUUUUCCAUUAGGCAUUGACUUCUCCCUAAAAUCAGAUCACUUAAUGUCACUUCACUUUGAAAAAAUAUCUAAAAACUUUUUCCAGAACCAUUUAAACCUUAUUACCACUGUUUUAUUUUUCCAUCUGUUCAUAAAUUUGUUGAGAGGGUUUUGAAUAAAUCAGACUGUUGUUCAGCCCCCAGGAGCUUUUUGCCAGGUGUGCAGCCUUGUCAAUUAAGUUGUUGAUAUUUAUUCUUAUUUGUGGACAGUCCUAAUACUGACUAUUUUACAAAGUGGGGAUCUGACCUACUUCCAAAUAGCCAAGUGGGGAUUAGUAUUGUAGUUAGCAUGUCAGCCAUGCAUAUUCCAGGAAAGGAAAGUUGUUUUCCAAAUGUUCUAUCAGGGGACUUCAACAUCUGUGAAGAAGUAUCAUUAGUAAUUACACAAUGUUCAUGUUUGGUUAGGGCAACUCACUUAUUUUUAGCCAAAUAGAAUAGUACACAGACACACCCUUCCGCUACAUCUGUAUCACGUGAUCUCCACAUCCCAGAUGUGGGGAAAAAUGGAAAAUAAGUUCACACGUGUUCAGAAAUGACUUAACACAUUAUAACUAACACAGUUUUAACUAUGAUUUGUCACCUACUAUAGACAGAAUGGGUCAUGUUUAGCUGGUCAUGAUUAACCUGAGACUCCAUCCUAUUGCAGCAUUAACAAGUUUUCAAGAGUGAUAUCUUCACAGUCUAGACAAAAACCAUGAGCUUUGGUAUGAGGGCCUGGAUAUCUGAACAAGUUACCAAGGGGUAAAAUGGAGUGGGACUUCAUCAUGUGUCAGCUGCUCGACAUGCAUGCUCUUCCCCCAAAGUAAAUGAAAGUUAAACUCAUUACUGAAAGAACAGUAAACUGAGCACCCACAAACUCCCGUGGAAGUCAGUGAGGGUUGAGGGGGGAAAGAGGGAGGGGGGCACUCAGUACAUAGCAGGUUAGCACCUGGAAAGAGGUGGAAAAGUUUAAUUCCUUUAUGUCAUAGCUGUAAAAACUGGAUACAAAGCCAGAGAUAGCUCCUACACUGCAAGAAAUGGAUAUUGUUUUUGUGUGAUGGUUGUGAAAUGGGCCAAAAAUUCUGAUCUCAUAGGGGAGACAAAAGAAUGUUUAUAUGAUUAAUAAAAUGGCAUUUUGUACUUCUGUAACAGCAGAGCAGCCCUGUUUCCCUUGCUAAUAAUACUGGGGUUAGGCUGGGAUUAAAAUACUUGUCUUUUAGCCUCAUCUAUCCUUCAAUCAGCUGCCAUGUAAAAUGGACACUCCUGCUAUUGUCCUUAAAAUAAAGUCUAAUUCUUUGGCCAGGAUGCAGAGGGAGAUGCCUGUCUUUAUUUUUUUGCUCCAUUUACCACAAAACUUGUUUUUGUUAACUAGAAAAUCUCAUUGUCCAGUUCUGAGUUUAGUUACACAAUCACAACUCUUCUGAGGUUUCAAUCAAACAGCAUCUUGCUUAAUACCCUUGUUUGCUUUUUACAAGUCAGAUUCCCUGUCCUUGGCAUUAUGGUUUGUUUUAUAUAUAUAUAUAUAUAUAUAUAUAUAUAUAUAUAUAUGUGUGUGUGUGUGUGUAAAUCAGAUUCAUGCUAUCUUGAGAAAUUUACUGAAAUGGGGUAUGGCUCUAUUAAACUGAAAGUGGAACCCUCAAGGGGAUUGGUGCCUUCAGUGAUCUAUUAAAAUAAAUCAUUCCUGGUUUGAAUUUCACAGUAAACUAAGACAUGAAAUGAUAUAUAGCAAAGGAAUCUCUCUGUUUUAAGAAUAUUAUUGCUAUAGAUCCUAUCUUAAUCUCUUUGUUCUCAGAACGAGUAGGAUUAACAAUGGAGAGAAAACGACAAGAUUUUGGACAGCUGUUUCAUGCAAGAGAUUCCAAGAAUAUUUUUCAUGUAACUGUCUACUUGUCUAGGGUGAUAAAAUGCUCUUCAUGAAUGCCCUUAAUGUGAGCCAUCUGGAAGGAAUAACAUAACCGUUGUCUAUAAACGCCACCCAAGUAUAUUAUCAGUUUCAGUUGACUUUUAAGGGAGACCAUCCGAUUAGGAGAAGAGCUGAAGAGAAGACAAACAAAAGGUAACUUCUUCAACCAGUCCCACUGUGCUUGUGAAGACCUUCAAUGUGACUGUGGUUUUGGUGUGGCACAUAGUCCAGCAUAUUCAUAAUUCCCUCCAGGCUAUAUAAAAUGAGCAUGGUGAUGCCCUGGUUGCUGCUGCUGCUGCUUCUGCUUGUAAGCUUUGGUUUACCUGCACCUAGACUUUCAGACAAGGACAUCUGCCUCUUAGACAACAAUAAGUUAAAACAGAAAUUAAUAUUCUUCCAAGACUUGCUUCACUUAUAUGAACUACAGCUGAAGGACCUCUUGGAGAACAACUAUCAUAGAACAAAGAGCAAGGUCUUCUCAGUCAGCAGGAGUAGGCAGCCUGCGGUACUUCUACCUCCAACUAGUGGAAAUCUUAUAGUCUAUGAUCAAGAUUGCUCUGCAGUGUUUAAUAGUAAAAAAACGGAAAAUGGAUAUUACCGGAUAAGGCCCAGCCCAGAGCAAGAACCUUUCCUGGUUUAUUGUGACAUGUCUGAUGGAGGUGGCUGGACUGUGAUACAGCGACGCAGUAAUGGCAGAGAGAAUUUCAACAGGAAGUGGGCUGAUUACAAACUAGGAUUUGGACGAUUUCAAAGCAAAAAUGACGAAUACUGGCUAGGCAAUGAUCACAUCCAUGACUUGUUGGUUAGAGAGGAAAACAUGUUAAAAAUUGACCUGAUGGACUGGCAUGGAGAGAAACGAUAUGCUAUCUAUGAAAACUUCCAGAUCAAGAAUGAGCAGGACAAUUACAGGCUGUGGUUUGGCACCUAUUCUGGUAAUGCUGGCGACGCUCUGUCUGGUGGGAGCAACUUUAAAGAACAGUGGUCUGCAUCACUCAGUGGGAUGCAGUUUACCACGUCAGACAAGGAUCAUGAUAGAUUCUUAACAGGCAACUGCGCAAAGGAGAACAACUGCGGUUGGUGGUUUAACAGAUGCCAUGCAGCAAAUCUCAAUGGACAAUAUUAUAAGGGAGGAAACUACACUGGACCCCAAGAUAAUGGAGUGGUUUGGUCAUCCUGGCAUGGGUUCUGGUACUCACUGAAAUAUACGGUCAUGAAAGUUAGGCUUCCAUCUUUUGUCAACAUUGCGAGUGGAAACGGUGAGAACAGUUAGGACAACGAGAACCUGCAUCUUUGGAGAGCACAUAGAGGGGAAAAGAUUUUAAAGAUUAAGGACCAGCCCAUCAACUGCUGUAAAUGAACAAACCUGCACUGUAGAAAGUAAAGCUUCAUCCGUUUCUACCAGCUGAGGAUCAAGGCACAAGUUCUUACAGCACAUCAGUCAUUUGAUCUACUGGAGAACAUGAGGCUCUCUUUCAUUCAUGGUAAAACCAAUGGAAAUGCUUCAAGUUUCUUUUCCAGAGAACUCUGAGGCUUUAGUGGAGAGUGCUUAACCAUUACUUCACAGGAUACACUCUGCACUUUGCAGGACCAAAUCUUUCUCACCUUGAUUUCAGUGGUCAAGUGAGAUGAGCAGUUUGAGAACCUAGAAACAGAACAGGGUGGCAGAGAUCUGCAAUUCAAAGCUGUCAGCUAUAGGGAGGCUUCAAAUUCAGAUUAUUUCUUAAAGUGCUUACAAUGCUUAAAAUGAAGGUAAAUAUUCUUAGGAUUUUUUUAAAAUUCAAUUACACUGUGUUCAUAAAUUAUUGUGCAGCGUGGUAGACAACUUUAUACUCCAGAAAGUGAAAAUGAUUAGAAACACAAGCCAGAGUGUUCACUUCCACUUCCUUAUCCAAAUAACAGUGAAACAAAAAGAAUGAGCAGCACAAAUAAAGGACCAUAAGAAAUAUAAGGCUGAAAAUUACUUCUCACCAAUAAUUAAGUGGUUAGUAACAAAAGUCAGGAAUGAAAAAUACUUUGGACUUGAGGCAAAUGAUUUCCCUUCCAUGUAGCACAAGUCUAUAUUUUGUAUUAUUAUAAAUAUGAUCUUUUAAACUA